CGUCACAUAUGAGGAAGAACGAAACAAGAUGGCGUCUGGCGGAGAAUACGUUGUUUUAGUUGUUAUGGUUUCUAGGUCUUAAUUACAACGUACAUGUGCACAUGUGUGUCGUUUAACAGAGUAAACGUCGUUAUUAAUUGUUUGUGUGCGGAUACAUUAGUCUGAGUGCACUUUGACGUGCUAGCCGAGCCUGCUGGUUAGGUUAGCUUGUUAGCUGCUAACAAACAGAAGCGGAAGUGAUCGACACAUCAAAGCAGAGAUCCAAUAAAAUCUUCACCCUGAGCAACAGAAGUGGAGCUUCAAGAUGCGGUUUGAGGAGCCACAGCCCUCCCACAUUAGGAAGGAAGCGGAAUACCCAUUGAUCCCCCAUUUUAAAAAGGAAGAGGGGGACCCACAGACUCCCCCUUUUAAAGAGAAAGAGGAGGACCCACUGACACCCCAUUUUAAAGAGGAAGCGGUGGAUCCACUGAGCCCUCAUAUUAAGGAGGAAGAGGUGGAUCCACUGACACUCUUUUUUAAAGAGGAAGAGGAGGACCCACUGACACCCCGUUUUAAAGAAGAAGCGGUGGAGCCACUGAGCUCUCACAUUAAGGAGGAAGAGGUGGAUCCACUGACACCCUUUUUUAAAGAAGAAGAGGAGGACCCACUGACACCCCAUUUUAGGGAAGUAGCGGUAGAGCCACUUAGCUCUCACAUUAAGGAAGAAGAGGUGGACCCACUGAUUCCUCAUUUAAAAGAGGAAGAGGAGGACCCACCGACACCCCAAUUUAAAGAGGAAGUGGUGGAUCCACUGAGCCCUCACCUUAAGGAGGAAGAGGUGGAUUCACUGAUCCCUCAUAUUAAGGAUGAAGAGGAGGACCCACUGACCCCUCACAUUAAAGAGGAAGAAGAGGAACACAGCAGCAGUCAGCAGGGAGAGCAUCUUGAAGGACUGGAGGAGGUUGAUGUCACCAAGAUGCCAGUGACUGGUGUCCCUGUGAAGAGUGAAGAUGAUGAGGUCAAAGGUGAAAGUGAGGAGAGGGGAGGGGCGGAGCCUCCAAGCAGCAGCUCAACACAACACAUGACAACAGAAGCUGAUGGAGACCACUGUGGAGGAUCACAAGCAGACAAGCUCUUAGCUCCACUAUCAGAUAGUGAGGACACAACGUCACACUCUCCUGACACUGAUGAUGAAGACUCUAAAGAUGAUAAGACAUGUCACACUGACAACACUCACUUUACAUGUUCUCUCUGUGACAAAACCUUUAAAUAUCCUAGUGAUUUUAAAAUACACAUGAGAAUACACACUGGAGAAAAACCGUUUUCGUGCUCAGAAUGUGGUAGAGAUUUUAGACUCAAACAAAUGAUGAAAGAACACAUGAAAACUCACACUGGAGAAAAACCUUUUUCAUGUUCAAUCUGCGGUAAAGAUUUUACUCAAAGACAACAUUUGAAAGUACACAUGAGAACACACACUGGAGAAAAACCUUUUCCAUGUUCAAUCUGUGGUAAAGAUUUUACUCAAAGCUCAAAUUUGAAAGUACACAUGAGAACACACACUGGAGAAAAACCUUUUACAUGUUCAAUCUGUAGUAAAGAUUUUACUGGAAAGGAAUAUUUCAAGGCACACAUGAGAAUACACACUGGAGAAAAACCUUUUUCCUGCUCAGAAUGUGGCAAAAGUUUUGCAAUAAAUCAAAGGUUAAAAGCACACAUGAGAAUACACACUGGAGAAAAACCUUUUUCCUGCUCAGAAUGUGGUAAAUGUUUUGCAAUAAAUCAAAGUUUAAAAAUACACUUGAGAACACACACUGGGGAAAAACCUUUUUCAUGUUCAAUCUGUGGUAAAGAUUUUACUCAGAGGCCACAUUUGAAAGUACACAUGAGAACACACACUGGAGAAAAAACUGUUUUUUAUUUUCAAUCUCCGGUAAAUAUUUUACUCAUAGGCCCCCUUUCAAAUCACACAUGAGAAUGCACUCUGGUGAAACACCAUACUACUGUUCAAGCUGCAACAAAAGUUUAUGUCACCUAAGAUCUAUUAAAGUGCACGUGAGAUCACACACAGGAGAAAAAGUGUUGAGUUGCAGUGUGUGUGGUGAAAGAUUCUCUUCUAAGUAUCAGUGUAAGAAACACACGUGUGCUGGUGAGAACAGCAGCAGCAAAUGAAGAUGCAGGAUUUGAAAUAAAUUGUCAAAACUUUAAGUUUGACUUUCUAACAACAUCAGCACAUGUAACAUGUGUGACAUCAUUGUUGUGUGUGUAACACAAUCGUGUUAAUAUGAUUCUAACAUUUAUAGAUUAGACACUUCAGAUUAGUGCUUUUAUUUCAGUCAAGUACAUGAGUUAAUAUAGACAUUUGCGUACUUUAAAAUGAACACAACAAUUUGACUGAAAAGGUGAGAAUAGACAGUACAUAAAAUAUGGUACAUACAAUAAACAUUUAAUGUUUAGAUAUUCAUAAUUCAUUUUUAUCCUUAUUCAUAAUAGUGUUUUAUUGUGUUUUAUUGAAUAAUGAAGUGUUACAUAUUUUAAUGUCUAAUUGUAGAUGAUUCCAUAGAUGAACUCCUUUAUAUGAUGUACAUAUUUGUUUUACAUGUUGUCAUACCUUUGCUUUUGAGUACACAUAAAUCUCUUUUAGUUCAUAUUUACUGGUUCACAUCUGAAACAUCUUCUGGACCACUUCUGGAAGCAUAUUAUUAUUUACUUUAUACACCAUUUCAGCAGUUGUCUUUUAUACAAGAUUAUUUACUUUUAAAAUGUGUGACAUUAUGAAUCAUUUGUUGGGUCUCUAUCAUCCUUUCUAUUAAUUGCCUUUAUUUCUUUCUUUUGUAAUAUGAAUAUUGUUGUGUGAUUGUUUUAUAUGUAUGUAUAUCCCCAGACUUUUAAGCAAUAAAAAAUGUAUGUUUCAA